UCUGCUUCAGUGCACCACCUCUUACCUACGGUUGACAAGUUUGGCCUCAAAGUCUGCUAUGGUCGUCGAUUCAAUCACGUCAAAAUCGAGAAUCCGAGCGGUUUCCCAGAUUUACAGGAAACUAUGCCUGACUGCCGAAUUGCUUUUAAAGUUUCGUUCACACCAUCUGAAUGGAAAGCACUUUCUGUUUUCGAUGAAGAAGUAAGCGCGGAAACAAGGCCAAUUCUUGAGCUACUCGAAUUGGAAGACUCCGAAACUGCUGCUGUAUUUGACAGCAAGGUGAUUAUCUUGUUUUUACUUUAG